AAAAUAUGUUAGUAAUUAAAAAUAUUGUUUUAUUAUUAGUAUUUACGUCCAUUAUUUAUGGCGUAAGUGCCGACACACCGGCUAACUGUUCCUAUGAGGAGAUACGAGGUGUUUGGCAGUUUCACGAGUCCGAUCGGUCGGCCGAUAGGACUGAAAAAUGUGAGGGUAGUCAACGAUUGGUCAAUACUGUUAAAGUUGAGCUCAAUUAUCCUAAUAUAGCUGUCGAUGAAUAUGGAAAUAAUGGAACCUGGACUUUGAUCUAUAAUCAAGGUUUUGAAGUUAUUGUCAACAAUAGAAAAUAUUUUGCUUUUUCCAAUUAUACCCAAAAAGGUAAUAUAGUCACCAGCUAUUGUCAUGAAACCCAAUACGGCUGGUCUCACGAUGUUUUGGGCCAUAACUGGGCUUGUUUUAGGGGCGAGAAAGUAGAUAGCGGUACGCCCAGUGUUGGCACAUAUUUUAGAUACACUUGGGGCGACGAUCUGAACGAACUGUUUGUGCAAAAUGUCGACACCAUUAACGAGAUUAAUACAAAACAAAAUCUAUGGAAAGCCGGCUAUAAUCGACAGUUUGAGGGAAAGACAUUACGUGAGAUGUUGUUGAUGGCGGGCGGACCCAAAUCGACAUUAUUAAGUCGACCUAAACCGGCACCGGUUACCGAUGAAGUUAGCCGAUUGGCUGCUCAAUUGCCCGACCAUUUUGAUUGGCGUAACGUUAGUGGUGUUAACUUUGUGACGAGCGUUAAAGAUCAACGUAGUUGUGGCAGUUGCUAUGCAUUUGGUGCCAUCGGUAUGAUUGAUUCGCGAUUGGCAAUUGCCUCUAAUAAUACACUCCGAUUGACACUAUCGCCACAGGAUGUGGUCAGCUGUUCAAACUAUGCUCAGGGAUGUUCCGGUGGUUUUCCAUAUUUGAUUGCUGGUAAAUAUGGACAGGACUUUGGUCUGACACUGGAAGAAAACUAUCCAUAUGUUGGCAGAGAUACCAAAUGUGAGCCGAAAAAACUGGGCAAUCGAUACUAUACAGCAUCAUAUAACUAUGUGGGCGGUUAUUAUGGGGGCUGUAAUGAGGCACUUAUGAGACUAUCGUUGGUCAACAACGGACCCCUAGCCGUAUCGUACAAUGUGACCUCAAAUUUCUUUAUGUAUCAAUCGGGUAUCUAUGUAGAGCCCGAACAUUUGACCACUACUAAUGAUAAUACCCGAGUCGAUUAUAAUCCAUUUGAGAUAACCAAUCAUGUGGUGGUAAUAGUCGGUUACGGUGUGGAUGCGGCCACCGGUACCAAGUAUUGGAUCGUCAAAAACAGUUGGGGCGAAAGUUUUGGCGAAAAUGGUUACUUCAGGAUCAGGAGGGCUACCGAUGAACUAAACAUUGAGAGUAUAGCUGUCGAUGCUUUUCCCAUACCUAACUAAUAUCAAUACAGUAAAAAAUUUAAUGUAAUUUUUAAAAAAUAAAAUAAUAAAUUUUAGUUUUCAA